AGACAGUGGUGGGAGGGAGACUUUGAACGCUGUUGCUCACAGUAGAGAAGCACAUGGCCUGAGAGCCAACGUCUGCCGUCGCGCCAGAGAACUCUUGUCUCGUUUUAAAGUUUGAACUAAAAUGCAUUACAUUUUAAAACUCUUAACGAACAAAAACACGGACUUACUACAAUCCCGAAAUUCGCACAAAAGUACAGUUAGUAUACCAGCUGAACAGGUAUAAAAAUCACACCAACGAACCCACUACACAGUCCAGAAGAAACUCAGUGACAGAGUUCUACAAAAGCCCCCCCAUCGACAGUGACUUGAGGACGCAAAAUAACGUCUACAGAAAACCGUUCUCGCAUGUGCUUCGAGAUCAGCUGUAAGUUUUCCCACGACAAAGUGCCGAUGGCCUUGGCUGGACACAGAUAAAGGUCAGGGCUGUGGAAGUUCAACCUGUAAUCUUUUGCGAGUCCUGGAGUCCAUCAGUAUAAAGACGGUGAGCAGGCUGGCCCAUCCAUCACUCUGGGAGGCUGAAACAAACAGUACACUUCGUUUACAAGUCUGAGAGGUCCCCCGCGAGAGAAUGAGAGGGACAGGACUCCUGCUGGCGGCGCUGCUGGCCACGGUGGCGCUGACGGCGGUCUCUGAGGCCAAGAUUAGAAGCAGAAAUAGUAAAAUCAGAGCUGGCGAGGAGGAAUUCCACAAAUCAAGGCGCCAGCAGUACAGGAAAUUCAAGAAAGGUUCUUCUUACACUCAUGUUCCCUUCAUCGACUCCGAAGACAAGGCAUACUGGCUGAAGGAGGGCCAGAACGCCCUUCGCGAGCAGCUCCUCGUCAGCCCGAAGGUGCGCCAAGCCAAGAACGUCAUCCUCUUUUUGGGAGACGGUAUGUCCAUCCCCACCGUGACCGCCUCCAGGUACUUGAAGGGACAGAAGACUAGCCGCUGGGAACAUGAAGAGAUGGCUUGGGAUAAGUUCCCUUAUUCGGCGCUCAUUAAGACGUACACGACAGACAGUCAAGUAGCAGACAGUGCCGCGAGUGCCACAGCCUACUUGUGUGGCGUUAAGGGCAACCUUGGCACUAUUGGCGUGGAUGAGAACGUUAGUAAAGAGAACUGUUCGGCUCAACAGAACGCUGCUUUCCAUACGGACUCCAUCGCCAAGUGGUUCCAGGACGCCGGGAAAUCGACAGGCCUCGUGACCACGAUGAGGGUGACCCACGCCACGCCCGCCGGGUCGUACGCCCAUAUCGCUGAUCGAGAGUGGGAGGACGACCACGAGAUCGUGAACGACGGAGAGGACGACAUCGGCUGCGACGACAUAGCCGAGCAGCUCGUUCUGAACGACCCCGGACGCAACUUUAAGGUAGGGAACUGUUUUAAGAUGUUACUUUAA